AUGACAUCAGCAUAUGCUAGUUUAGUUGCCAGCCUCACGCCAGAGACGAUUUUGCAGAAAUGGCCCGACAUCACCCCGCUCAAGAUGAUCUCGGGCAUCCCUAGAUCAGCAGGCUCCGACACUUCGUCCAUGUCGAGCUCCCGGGAAGACCAGGAUUUGUUCAAUGGCCACGAUGAAGAGCAGAUUAGGCUAAUGGAAGAGUUGUGCAUUGUGCUCGACUACAACGACAAGCCCUUGGGCGCAGGAACCAAGAAGUUGUGCCACAUUAUGGAUAAUAUCAACCAGGGCUUAUUGCACAGGGCCUUUUCCGUGUUUCUCUUUAACGAACGUGGCGAGUUGUUGUUGCAGCAGCGAGCUGACGAAAAAAUCACCUUUCCUCAGAUGUGGACCAACACAUGCUGCUCCCACCCGCUCUGCGUGCCCUCGGAACUCGGCGUCAAUGUCAAGUCUGGCGCCAAAGACGUCAAUUCCCUCGAAGUGGCUGUUGAAGGCGCCAAGAUUGCCGCGCAGAGAAAAUUGGACCACGAGUUGGGCAUCAAGAUUGAAGAUAUCCCCAUUGAAAACUUUACCUAUCUCACUCGUAUCCACUAUAAAUCUGCUAGCGGCGACGACUCAACCAGCAAAUGGGGCGAGCACGAAAUCGAUUACAUUUUGAUACUAAAAACCAAAGACGAUAUAACAAUAGAUGCAAACUACAAUGAAGUUAAGGACUUUAAAUACGUCAGCGCCGAGGAAUUGCAAGAAAUGUUCAAGGAUGACAAGUUGGUGUUUACGCCAUGGUUCAAAUUGAUUUGUCAGACUUUUUUGAUGAAAUGGUGGAAUAACUUAAAUGACUUGGAUCAAUUCAAGGAUGACAAAGUACAUCGAUUACUCUAG